AUGUCAGGAGUCCAAGUCGAUGCUGAAAUCAACGGUUUGUUUAACGAUAUGAAGAUGAGAAGCACGCACAAGUUUGCACUCUUUAACAUUGAAGGGAAGAAGAAAAUUGUUGCUGACGUGUGUGGGAAUCCAUCCAAAACUGAAACAAAAGAAGCGGAUGAAGCACAGUUCAAUAGAAUGAAGGAGCAACUCACCAAUGAGCCACGAUAUAUUUUGUAUGAUUUUGGAUUUAUGAAGAAGGACGGCAGGCGAGUUAAUAAGUUGGCAUUCAUCUUCUGGUGAGUGAGGCUGUUCUUUGUAUUUUUUGGUGACCGCGCAUGAAAUUUUCCUUUAGUCAGGAGAAAUUUUAGGCUGGAUUUUACUAGCUCGACAGAGUCAGAGUUGAAAGAGCACUUUAUUUUAUUAACCUAGUAAAAACAAAAAAUCUGAGUGGUAAAGAGAGUUAUAGGUGCAACAGAAUUGGUAGCGUGCGAGACAGGCGUUUGAAAGGGGAGCGGAAGAGGAUUCCGGGCGCGCGAGGGGAGUGUAGGGAACGCCUACAAGGACGCUAUGGGUCUUUUUCGUUUUUCACAUCUACCGAAGUGAUGAAAAAAUAAUGAUUACCUUUAUUAAUGAUACCUUAAUCCAGUUAAUUGAAGUCACAAUGACAUCACGCUAUUUGAAUAACUUGAUCGAUCUACUAAUAACCAUAUGGCGAGUGAAGCCAGAAUAUUAUAGAAACUGCAAUAAACUCUACGGAGUCAGUGGACGCCGGGAGUUGAACUUCGGCCACAUUGGUGGGAGGGGAGCGCUCUCCCCCCUGCGUCACCCUUGCUCCCUGAACUUCCCUGAAUUGAUGUAUUACUAAUCAAAGUGCAUUCAUCAAGAGAUUAUUAAGUAAAAAUGGUGUUGGGACAUCUCUUUAGCUUUAGUUUGUAUGAUGAAGUACACCCUUAUUGCCUAGUUCUCAUUUCUACUUAGGAACUGUUUAUAUGACGUGAACCAACCCUAGUCUGCUUGCUGAGAUCUUCAUUCGAGCAACCAAGAUCUCGGCAAACGGGGCAGCCCCUGCAUUCUCAUAUAAACACAAUAACAAUUUUAUACGGAAAAAAGGAAAGAGCCGAGGCAGCCCGGUUAACUUAGCUGGUUCAUCUCAUCUCCCUUUUUUUGUUUCAGGUGUGACGAAAAUGCAAAGAUUGGUGACAAAAUGAUUUACGCAUCUUCUAAAGACACCAUCAAAAAGUCCUUCACUGGUUUAUCACUGGAAUUCCAAGCAAACGAUGAGGGCGAUUUGGAUUACAAAACUUUAAGUGAAGAAGUGGAAAAAAGAGCUUAA